UCGUCGUUGUCGGCGUCGGCAUUCAACGAAUUCGUCGUGUGUCAUUUGCUUUCUGAAUUUCGUUUAACAAAGUGGUGUGCGCAGAACAAGCAAAAGGCGCUCGGUCGUCAAAGCACUUUUAACAAAAAGAAUACAUAUCAAUUUAUUGUAUGAGUCAAAAAACUGAAAGACCAGUGCUAUCGGGUCAACGCAUCAAGACCAGAAAAAGAGAUGAAAGAGAAAAAUAUGACCCAACGGGAUUCCGUGAUGCGGUCAUUGCUGGUCUCGAAAAAACUGAAGGCGACCUGGAUCAAAUCUCUAAAUUUCUAGACAGCGCGGGCAACAAGCUCGAUUAUCGUCGUUACGGUGAAGUACUCUUUGAUAUAUUGAUUGCGGGUGGUCUAUUGGUGCCUGGCGGUUCCAUAUCUCAAGAUGGCGAAAAGCCCCGCACAAAUUACUGCAUCUUCGAUGCACCCGAGGAUAUGGAAUCAAUGCGCAACCAUGAACAGGUGUUUGUCAAGCUCAUUCGACGGUACAAGUAUCUUGAGAAAAUGUUCGAGGAGGAGAUGGGUAAAGUUUUGUUAUUCGUAAAGGGCUUUACGCCAAGUGAACGCAUUAAGCUUGCGCGCAUGACUGCGCUCUGGUUAGUUAAUGGCUCUGUACCGCCAAAUGUCUUGCUGGUAUUGAACAACGAGCAUCUGAUCAAGGAUGGCAUUGCACUCGAGUUUUUAUUGGAGCUGUUUUUGACGUUCAAGCAAGAGAAGGGCAUUGCAUAUCUGAUUCAGGCGCUUAAAAAGGGUGGACUGGAAAGCAAACUUAUGGACUUUUUCCCACCAAACAAACGUACUGAGGAAUAUUUUAAACAAGUUUUUCUUGACAAAGAACUCAAUGAGAUAAUUAAAUUGCAUAAGGCGCAGGCUAGCCAAGAGGCCAAACGUGAACUGCAGCAGACUCUCAUCGAUGAUAUUAACGACGAGAAGGCUCAUAGUGAAAUCACUGCAGACAUAAAAGAGUUUGCACAACGCACCAACAUUCCUGAUCAUGAGAUAAUUGUUAUUAUUUGGUCUACUAUCAUGUCGUUGGGAGAAUGGAAUAAGAAAGAGGAGUUGGUAACUGAUCAAGCUGUUCGUCAUCUGAAGGCAUACUGCACUUUGUUGCAGGCUUUUGCCUCAACGGAUCGUUCGGAACUGGCAUUGAUAUUGAAGGUGCAAGAGUUCUGCUAUGAGAACAUGAACUUCAUGAAGGCGUUCCAAAAGAUCAUCUUGCUCUUCUACAAAACCGAAGUGUUGUCUGAGGAGAUCAUCUUGCGCUGGUACAAAGAUGGGCACUCCAACAAGGGCAAAAUGCAUUUCCUUGAGCAAAUGCGAAAAUUCGUCGAAUGGCUUCAAUCUGCCGAAGAGGAAUCUGAAUCGGAAGAUGAGCAGAAAUUAGGCGACUAAUAAUGGUCCAAUAUCACCGUCGCAACCAACACCAACCAACAACCAUCAUUAUAUUUCGCAUAAAACAGCCAACCGAACUACACUCCCGUUUGGAAUACUUUUCCUAGAUGUUAGCAACAAGAUCCCCAUGCACUCUGCAAGUGCCAGUUGAAAAAGAGAGAGAGGAGAGUGAAUGAUAAAGCCAAGCCGCAAAAUUCGAAAUUUAAUGUACACAGUUUAAUUUAAUUUUCCAUCAAAUUACUGGAUUCAUUUUUUUUUAAAUGUGCACUUCAAAUUGUUAAAUUUUCUUUAUUUAUGAUCAAUAUUUGAGUGAAUUCCACACACAAAAAAAAAAAAAACCCAAAAACAAACCAA